AUGGACACCUCAUCAACUACAGGACUACCUUAUUUCGACGAAGCCACUCAAAAGAGGUUUCACGAAAAUGGAUUUCAUGGUGAAAUAGAGGGAAUCGCAGCUAAACAUGAGCGGGAAUGUGGCACUGUUUUAUUAGAGGAGGAACAGCAACAAAGUAAAAUAGCAGAGAAUCUUCUAGCGAUUAGAACAAAGUUACACAAUUUGGCAGAGAUAUUGGAAUUGCAGACUAGCAUAAAUCGUUUGACGAAUUCUUUACCAAGAUACCAGAAAAUGGCUGAGCGUAUCCGAAGAACGAAAAAAUAUGACAAAAUUGUUAGAAUUGGCGAUGCAGCAAGAGAAAAUCUUGAAAGACUGAAGGCAGAACAUAUUAUCAAAUUUUUUCCGGAGCAUAUGCCUGAAGGAAUGUUCUAUCCGAAACAUACGAGCGAAGCCGCGCACAUCUGCGUCGUUUGUGGAAAACACGGGGAAUAUCGCAUGAGUGAACAUCUACUAAGAGCACAUAGUGACGUUCUUCAAAAAGAUUCGAUAGAUUUCAAGGUUAGUUCAUCCACGCUUCAUGGCAAUAAUACAUUGGAGCAGCUUGGACGCGGUAUCACUCAGUACAUGGGUGUACCACGAAUAGAUCUGAGGCUUGUACGAAAUAAAGGUCAGAUCAGCCGAGACAGGUAUGUGGCUCAUGCCGAAAUGAACGUGGAGAUCCAAGGAUUGGAAGAACGCUUCAGAGCUCCUACAGAAGAAGAGCGUGAGCUAGAAGAAGAGAGUAGCCCGGUAGUUGUUGAGGAAGCCGCACCAGUCCUAGAGGAGCAAAUUGAAGUAGUGGGGCCGUCCACUUUACAAGCAACAGCUUUGGAGGCGUUUACACCUACACCACAAAGGCACGACUAUACACAUGUUUUGGCGACAAAAGCUUCACAGGCUCCGCCUAAUCUCGAUCUUAUGUUUUCUUAUGAAUUGGAUGAACAAGCAGUACCAGAUUAUUACGUAGAAGAAUAUACUGUUCCAGUAAAGCGCAAGCACAAUCGUACAGGGCUGCAACCUUUUUCAUUGCGCUAUGGCGAUGGGGAAGAGAUAUUAUGGAUUGGCAGCUAUCCUAUACCAAAGGGUGGAACUAAGGCUGCACAAUAUAAGCAACCAUAUUAUGGUCAAUAUUUCGGGCAGAGCUGGCCGAGAGAUAUGUUUCGACGACGAUUACAACGAACGGAAGGUGAGGAAACGCCAAGAAAACGCCCGAGAGUGUCGUCCCCAGUGAAAGCGGAUACAACUGAAGAUUCGAGCUUAACUUUGGAGGAGAUUGUCAUGGAACAAGGUGACAUAGGAGCGCUAGAGCCGCAAGCAUCAGCGUUGGAGUCACAAGCAUCGUCGCCUUUACCACUCAAACAGUUUGAGCAACAUCCGAUAGGCAGCAGUAGUGGUGAAGGAACGUCAGUACAACAUAUUGACAUUGUCGAUGAACAGGAAGCAGUCGAAAAAAUUCCAGUGUAUAAGCUGAAAUUUCAUUUCAAAAGACAGAAAUCAGAAGCUUGCACAGCAAAUGCAGAACUCAUAUUGAGUGACUUGAUAACAAUGGCUGUACGUAGAAGAGUGCAUGUCGUCCGUAAAUCAGCUGUUCCCGCUAGCUUACUUGCCGAUCUUGAAAAGCGGUUUGGGCCCAUGGAUCCGAGCCGGCACUUACAGCUUCUCAAUAGUACAUCUUAUACGGGUGGAUUGACAGAAGUCGAGAACGUUUGGCAGCUAAGCAACUUUAUACAUAAAUGUCAUGCACAGCCUGUACAGGACUUUCCAUGGCUGGAAGUCAGAGAAAUGCCUACGAUCAAAGGACGAGGUGUUUUCGCUAAGGUAGACAUCGCUAAAGGAAUGGCUGUUGCUGAUUAUCGCUAA